AGUGGGAGCGGCGCGUCGGCGGGAGCGGCGGCUGCGGUGCUGGCUGGGUGCGCAGGGCUCCCGAAGUUGAGGUCGGCAGGAGCGAGGUGAUGUGCUAAUCAUGUCAGAUAAAGAUGAUCCUGAGACUCCAGUGAUAACUGAAGCAAAUCCUGUCCUUGAAGAUAGAAACUGCGAGUCAGUGGAAAAUUCUGAGUCUGUGAAGAAUGCUGAGUCUGUUGACCUACAUGCCAACCAAGAGAGUCAGUCGGAACCUGUAGUGUCCACUCGGAAGAGACCAGAUGUUGGAUCUUCCAGGGAUCCUGAGACUUCAGAAGUUCUCCCUGUUCAGGAAACUGUUUCCAAAGAUGUACCCCAGACCGGAUGGGGAUAUUGGGGCAGCUGGGGCAAGUCCUUGCUCUCUUCAGCUUCGGCUACAGUAGCCACUGUGGGACAAGGUAUUUCAAACGUCAUUGAAAAGGCAGAGACUUCCCUUGGGAUCCCUAGUCCCAGUGAAAUUUCAGCAGAAGUCAAGCAUGCUGGAGGAGAAACUAGCUCCAAGGAGAAUGAAAACUCCUCACCAGUAUCUGUGCCAUUUGGUGUCCUCUCUACCAUCUCUACUGCUGUUCAGAGCACAGGAAAGAGUGUUAUUAGUGGGGGUUUAGAUGCCUUAGAAUUCAUUGGGAAGAAGACAAUGGAUGUAAUAGCAGAAGGGGAUCCUGGAUUUAAAAGGACCAAAGGUCUUAUGAACCGGAAUUCUACUCUGUCUCAGGUUUUACGAGAGGCAAAGGAGAAAGAAGAGCUAAGGACCUCCAAUGAGGUAACUAUGGAAACAGACAAGAAAACUCAUUAUGGGCUACUGUUUGAUGAAUUUCAAGGCCUUUCACAUCUAGAAGCUCUGGAGAUGCUUUCGCGAGAAAGUGAAAUAAAGGUGAAAUCUGUCCUUAAUUCUCUGAGUGGAGAAGAACUAGAGGUUAUAAUACGUGAAUUAGAACAACUCAAAGAAGAAUUUUCCCUAGCAGAAUUUUGUGAGGAAGAGGAAGAAGAGAAAAAAGGGGAUGAAGAUUUUUCUGAAGAGAUAACAGAGCUUCUUUCCCAGCUGCAAAUCUCCUGCAAACCAGAUAAACUUGCCAGGGCCAGAAGUGCAACCUAUGAAUGGAUCAAGAGAUCCCUGGCCAAGCCAACAGCAGAGAAAGAGAAAGGAGAAAUACAGUUGGAAACAGAAAAUACUAUUGAAAUCAACAAAAAUACAAUAGAGGAUAUCCAUGCAUUUGCAAUCCGUAGCCUAGCAGAGUUGACUGCCUGCUCCAUAGAACUGUUCCACAAAACAGCAGCCUUGGUUCUGCAUGGCCAGAAACAGGAAGUGACAGCCAUUGCCAGGAGCCAGACUCUUUCCCAGAUGACAAUUGUGUUGUGUAAAGAGCUGUCCUUUCUGUCUAAAGAGUUCACCACUUGCCUAACAACUGCUGGGGUUAAAGAAAAGGCGGAUGUCCUUAAUCCAUUAAUCACUGCAGUAUUUCUGGAGGCAUCAAACAGUGCCUCCUACAUCCAAGAUGCCUUUCAACUGCUCUUACCUGUGCUGCAGAUCUCUCUCAUUGAGAAGAAGAUCAACUCACUUGGGUGUGAGUCACCAGUUCAGAGGCCUUUGUCAGAACGUUGAAGAACAGAGCAUAUCUGAACUGGGAUAUUUGAUGGCCAAGAAGUACCACUGUCUCUAAGGGCCUCUGGUAGCCAUGACUGAGAAUGGUUAUUUUAGUAUGUAAAAAUUCAGCGUGCAGGUUUAAAGAGGAAGUUUGUUUCUUAAUUUGGCUAAAGUAGUCAGGUUCUGACAUUACUCCCAUUUAUUUUAAUGAAUAAUCUAUUUGAAACGAGAUGAUGUAGCAAUUUGAAGGAUAAUGGCCCUAGUAAACAUUUAGUAGGGCACUCAGACAAAAGAUAUUGGUCUGCGAUCGGUUGCAAAGCAUUGAUAAUUUUGUCUCGUAACCUAUGGAUAAAAUUGUUGUUAAGCAGGAAAAAAAACUUUAUUUUGCAUUCUAGAAUUUAUGAGAUGCUUGGUUUAUUAGUGCCAUGGAUGACUUCUUUAUAGAAUAAAAUCAGUGAUUUUAAGAAAACUG